GUUCUCAUGGAUCGAGUCCACUCUUGCUACUAUUUUGUUUGAGGGUCUUCAGGCAAGUUACGAAGACUUGUACAUCCACAGAAGAUAAUUAGAAUAAAGAAACUAACUCGACUCCAUAUAUAUUAUAUAUCAAAAAUGGGGAAGGCCGGUCUAUGGGAUUACCUUAGGUUUCCCGUCCAUAAAGGGUUUAGCUUUAUGGCGUAUCGUCAAAUCCUCAAAAACUUCUUCGUACAAAAUUGAAUUUUAUCACCUCAGAAUAAAUAAAAGACAUUAACAUUUGAAAAUUACCGCCACUGCAUAAACGACACAGAUUUCACACAGGCGUAUAUAUUAUAAUCGCUAUGUAUAUUGUGUGGUCUAGGGAAAUUUAGCUUGGUUACUAUAGCGAGUAGGACACGCACUGCUAGUGAAUAUAUCACAAGAAAUUCUUCCACAUGUUUAUGGUGUUUCUCUGCUUGCUUUAUUUAUAUUGAAAACUCGAACUAGACGAGCCUUUAUGUGGUCGCUCGAGUUCUUAGAAACAGCAGCUAAAUUUCCCUUGACCACACCAUAUCGUUAUUGAUAUAUAUGAAGACGCAUACAUUAGACAAUCUAGUAUGGUAUAUAUUAAAAAAAAAGACCAGGUGGGACGCCUUUGGUUGUAGGGCUAGCCGUGGGGCUAAGUAACAUUAGAAAGCACAAACUUUGUAAAACUGUGUCAUGUUUACAUGUAUUUGAUAUUGGAUUUUCUGUUCAUAUCACUUUAUGUUCGCUCUAUUUAUCUUCGCAUUUUUAUAUCCAAUAUAACAAAUAUGCAGUUAACUUCAAUUGAAAAAAUAAGUCAUAUCAUUACUGGUAUACCAUGUAAUUUUUUAAUUAUUAUUUUCAUUUAUUUUUAUGGCCUAGUUUGCGGAGGAAGGGCAACGCCUAUUAGUCAAGUCCUCGUAAACUAGUAGGAAGAAGUUUUCCUCAAACCGAAGAUCUGGUCAUAAAAUGUUUGCCACGGAGUCCGCUAAAGGGCCACAAUAUGAUGUUAAAACAGGGACUGAUUUAGGUAUGAUCACUCUAAAACAGCAUGGACUGUCUGGCAAACUUCGGCAUAAGUUUCGAUACCAUAGAAGAUUCUGCUUUCGUAAACGACAGACGAAGCUUCCGCAACUUCUUGCUUAACGACCUGCAUAGAUGAUUUGUUUAUAGAGAUCAAAUAAAUGUUUGUGCUGUACAUUAGCUCCCGCCCUCCAUCAAAUAUACAUUGUCUGUACAGGUGCACGGGGUGCCACACAUCAGAUGCCGAAGUGAUCGCAAAGCAACGUGAAAUGAAGUGCUUUGCUCAAAUAAUACAACGUACCACCUGGUCAGGAAAUUGAGACUAUUGCAGAACCCAAAGUGUUCACAGCAGGCUCGAACUAGAAAUCACAUAGUUCGUAAACCUUCAUCUGAGAUCCAUAGCUGUCUUCUGCAUUUGAAGGGACUUCCACAACAAAGUUUAUAUUGCUAAUGAAGUGAGCUACAUCAAAAGAUUGAACAAUGACCUUGGUUAUCUUUUUUGCAAGUGUUUCUGUGGUUAUCUUAACUUUCCUACUGGAAAAUCGUCAAGCUUUUGUUGAUGACUGUUGGAUAUCCUUAGUUGAGACUGUCCCCAAAGAUAUGACCUAUGCCCCAGGUUCACCAUCACACCUAUCUACUUAUGACGGUCUCUUGUCUUUGAUUGAAGAAGCCAAGGAUACAAUUGAGAUAGCCUCUUUACAUUGGACACUGGAAGCCCAAGAUGUACAUCAAUCACCAUCAGAUUGGGUAGAUACCAGCCUUUUUCAACAUCUUUUGUCUGCUGGUAAAAACAGGAACGUAGAAAUCAAAUUACUUGAAAAUAAACCAAAUUCUAAAAUGCAAAGUCCAGAUAUAGGAAUAUUAAUUGAAGAAGCUCAUGCUUCAGUUCAACAGAUUGACAUAAAAAAACUGAUGGGAGGUGGAAUUAUGCAUACAAAGAUAUGGAUUAUUGACAGAAGGCAUUUCUAUAUUGGCAGUUCUAAUCUUAAUUGGCGCUCUCUCACUCAAGUGAAAGAUCUCGGGGUUAUAAUUUCCAACUGCAAAUCACUUGCAGAAGAUAUGGGCAAAAUAUUUGAUACCUAUUGGCAUCUGACAAUAGUUGAUAAAAUUCCUAAACCAUGGCCAGAAAUGUACAACACCACAAUCAAUAAAGAAAGACCCUUGAACACCAAUCUCAAUGACAGCAAUAGUAACGUAUACUUGUCGAUUUCCCCGCCUGCUUUCUGUGCAAAUGGCCGAACCGGUGAUAUUGAUGCAAUACUAGAUGUUAUCAAUUCUGCUAAGAAGUUUAUCCACAUUGCUGUUAUGGAUUAUGCUCCUGCUUUGGAAUUUCAACGCCCUUCAUUGUUUUGGCCAAUUAUUGACAGAGCUCUUAGAAAUGUAUCAAUUACCAAAGGUGUUGAAGUUUUUCUACUUGGUAGCCAUUGGAAGCACAACAAAGCUAGUAUGUUCAACUUUCUCAAGUCUUUGGCUAACUUAAACAGUGCUACAAAGGCUAAAAUGCAAGUGAAAAUGUUUGAAGUACCAUAUUUUACCAAGGAGCAAAGAGAGAUUCCUUCUUUAUGUAUUAACCAUAACAAAUUCAUGGUCACAGACACUGAUGCCUUUAUUGGGACAUCUAGCUGGAGUGGUGAUUACUUUACACCUGCAGCAGGCCUGGGAUUGGUUGUCAGAUCAACAAAAACACAAAAAAAUCAUUUCCACCAGCAACUGGAAGCAGUCUUUCAAAGAGACUGGAACUCUAAAUAUUCACGGAACCUAGAUGAUAUUGAUCCUACUAAAGUCUAAAAAGAUUCUAAAAUUUUCUUUUAUGAAUUUGAGUUUACUAACCUCUUGUGAACUAACCACUGCUGUUACAGUGCGUAUUUCUGAGGUGGUUUUUUUUUUCUUUGUUUAAAUUUUUAACCAGUAUACGAUGGGUGAAUCAAACUCUUAGCUUUCUUUGCAUGUUAUUUAAUCUAUAUGGAGAGUAACUACAGAUGGAUGAGUAAAUAAAGUAUUGGACAACCAGCUGCAGUGGUUCUCAACCAGGGUCCCUAUGACCCCUUGUGGUCCCUAAGCCAAAUAGCAUAUUGGGUCCAUGAAAAAAAUUUUGCUUCAGUUGUAUUUAUUGUAAAAAACAGUUAAGUUUUCUUUCUCUAAUGUUUUUCAUGGUUCAUCCAACACAAGGGAAUGUGGGAUAGGGAAAAUAGGAAUUUUGAAAGAAAGAUCUAUAAAACUAGAUUUUAAGCAUCAAAUGGCUAUUGGGGUUCACCAGAAUAAAAUGGUAAUCAAAGGUGUCCAUAGAUAAAAAAAAUAGUUGAGAACCACUGAGCUAAAGGAUCACAAAUGCUAUAAAUAUGCUCAUAGCCAAGACUCUUCACUUUCGGUGAUCUAAUUCAUAUGGUCUGUAUGUAGGUACCAUCGGGUGGACUGGUUAACCACUGUAAGCAACAGCAUACAUGUAAAUUUGAAUCACGCUUUACUAACUUGCAAUUCUGAAAGGGAGGUGGGUGUUUUUUGUUUGUUCGUUUUUUCAUUGUUUUUUGCUGAUAAAAUUGCUAGCAAUAUGACCCUAUUUGCAAUUAUUUCAACAUCACUAAAGAAAAUUAAAACAUGUAGCUAUACAAUAUAAAUCAGUAUACUCUUUCAGUAUUUUAGUAAAAGUAUCUUCAUUCUUUUACAAAUUUACAUAUCUCCCAAGAUGUGAUGGAUCUCAUGAACCAUAAUGCUGGCUAUAUUUAGAGAUACAUUCUUUUAUAGAAUUAUAUAUUUUAUAUGCACUGUGAUCUAUAUAAAUAUACUCACACUAAUUACUAAAUCUCCAUUACCCUAAUUAGUCUUGCUAUUAACUGGUGAUAUAUAAUCUCAGUGAGAAAAACAUAUGGUUGUAACUUUUUCCGGAAACUGAAUGUGAUUCAACUGGACUGAAAUAACAACCCCUUAAGUUGUUAGACCUGCAUGUUCUCUCAAGGGAUUAUAACCACAAAAAUUAUUUUAAAGCAAGGCUAGAGAUUUAUUUGUUUGGAGAAUUAGUAUUUCCUGUAGUAUGUUAAAUAAUUAUUGUAUGUAGAGUAUAUUUAAUGAUAGUUUAGUCAGUUCAAUCAGUAGAGCUAACUCAAAUAUUACAACAUAGUUGCCCUUACGAAAAUGAGAUAGAAUUUCACUAAAAUUAUCAUAUAUAUAAUAUAUUGUAUAUUAGGGUUGAUGAAUUUUUGUUUAAACAUGUAGCUGGUUAUGAGUACAUGUCAUUAAAGGCCCGAAAUGUCUGAAAGGCACCAAGCAUUUUUGCUGGUUACAGCUGAGGUGCUCUUUUGUUUUCCUCUGAUAUCGUUUUUAGCAUACAUCUGUUAUAAAGAUUGCAAUUAUUGUAUCUACAAUUAUUGAAAAAUCUAUGUGAUAUCUAUAUAUGUGUAUUGUAUAUAUAUAUUUUAUUAUUAUUACAUAGCAUUUUAAAUUUUGGCUUCAAAUUAUAUUAAAAAGAACAUAUACAAACAUAUAUAUAUAUCCUGUUAUUCUUUUACUCUUUUAUUUGUUUCAGUCAUUUGACUAUGGCCAUGCUGGAGCACCGCCUUUAGUCGAACAAAUCAGCUCCUGGACUUAUUCUUUGUAAGCCUAGUACUUAUUUUAUCAGACUCUUUUUGCCGAACCGCUAACUUACAGUGAUGUAAGCACACCAGUAUCGGUUGUCAAGCGAUGGUGGGGAGACAAACAGACAGACAGACACACACACACACACAUAUACAUGACGGGCUUCUAUCAGUUUCCGUCUACCAAAUCCACUCACAACGCUUUGGUUGGCCCAAGGCUGUAGUAGUAGACACUUGCCCAAGGUGCCAUGCAGUGGAACUGAACCCAGAACCAUGUGGUUGGUAAGCAAGCUACUUACCACACAGCCAUUCCUUAUAUAUAUAAGCUCUACUUUGUGAGUUGAGUAUUAUUUGUCUUAUUUGUAAUUCCAAACCUAUAUAUUGGGGUGGGGCUUGACCACUUUGUUUUAAACAUGUAGCAUUAACAUGCCAGAAAGUGGCACCAGGCCUCAGUCGCCUGUUUUGGCAUGGUUUCUGCAAGCUAGCUCCAAGAGGCCAUCGCUAUGUGACACACGAACCUGUUAGAAAUUUGGAAAUGACAUGCUGUACUGUUUGGCAUUCAUGCCAGAAGCUCUAAUAUGGACAUUUCAGAGUAUUUAGAUGUCAAUCUGAGAACAUGUACCAAGAGUGACAAAAAUCAAACACCCAGUCAACAUCAUGGUGUUUAGAAUGAUCACUAGUGAUGGCGAUGUUAUGCCUCCAUUCAUCUUCCCACAUGGCCUCAGAUUCAACACGGGAGCCUACAUCAAGUACCUGGAGGAGGUAGUGCUGCCCUGGAUCAAGGGGCUGGCUGCUGGAAGACCCUAUGUCUGGCAACAGAACUCUGCACCAUGCCACACAAGCAGAAGAACCCAGUCAUGGCUAUGAGACAAUUUCUGCGACCACAUCAACCCUAACAUCUGGCCACCUAACUCCCCAGACUGCAACACCCUUGAUUAUUAUGUAAUGGGCAAAAUUGAGCGAGAGACCAACAAAACUCCUUGCAACACCAAAGAUGAACUGAAGGCAAGGAUUAUGACAGCAUUCACCAACUUAAACAAGGAGACCGUCCAGAAGAGUUGCAGGAGAUUCUGAAGUAAUCUGGAGGCCGUUGAAGCCAAUGGUGAUAUUAUUGAAUAAAGUUAUUCUUUGGUAUUUCAAGAUA